UCUUAACCCAACACCCCAGGUUUCGACCUUGCCACUCUUCUCCAGCCUGUUAGAUAUAGCGUUGAACAUUCACCAUGCGAGGAGAGAUCUGCCACCUCCAUAUCGGCCAAGCUGGCAUACAGCUUGGUAACAGCGCGUGGGAGCUGUAUCUCCUCGAGCAUGGCCUCCUACCAGACGGUCGCCCCGACCCAGAGGCGCAGGCACGCAAUGAGGGCGGCUCGUUCGAGACCUUCUUCACCGAGACGGGCAACGGCAAAUACGUUCCGCGCUCCAUCUUCGUUGAUUUGGACCCAUCUCCUAUCGACGAGAUCCGGACUGGAUCCUACCGCCAGCUAUUCCACCCAGAGAUGCUGAUCAGCGGCAAGGAGGACGCUGCCAACAACUAUGCUCGUGGGCACUACACCAUCGGCAAGGAGAUGGUCGACAGUGUGAUUGAUCGCAUUCGUCGUGUCGCUGACAACUGCUCUUCGCUGCAGGGGUUCCUCAUCUUCCACUCGUUCGGUGGUGGCACAGGAUCUGGUUUUGGUGCUCUCCUUCUCGAACGUCUUUCGACCGACUACGGCAAGAAGUGCAAGCUCGAGUUCGCCGUGUACCCUGCGCCUCGCGUCUCUACGUCUGUCGUCGAGCCUUACAACGCCGUUCUUUCCACCCAUAGCACUAUCGAGAACGCCGACUGCACGUUCCUCGUCGACAACGAAGCCGUGUACGACAUCUGCCGUCGAAACCUGGACAUUCCCCGUCCCGACUACGAGCAUCUCAACCGUCUGAUUGCCCAGGUUGUCAGCUCCAUCACCUCCAGCUUGCGUUUCGAUGGUGCUCUCAAUGUCGAUCUGAACGAAUUCCAGACCAACCUUGUGCCCUACCCGCGUAUCCACUACCCUCUCAUCAGCUAUGCACCUGUCAUCUCUGCCAAGAGGAGCUCCCACGAGAGCUUCAAGGUCAACGACCUGACAAUGCAAUGCUUUGAGCCGAACAACCAGAUGGUUGUGUGUGACCCGCGCAAUGGAAAGUACAUGGCCGUUGCCCUUCUGUACCGUGGUGACAUCGUUCCCCGCGACUGCACUGCUGCAGCCGGUGCGCUCAAGGCCAAGUCUUCAUUUAACUUGGUUGAGUGGUGCCCUACUGGUUUCAAGCUCGGAAUCAACUACACCAAACCCAUCAGCGUCCCCGGCUCCGAACUCGCCGCUGUCGACCGAAGCGUGUCUAUGCUUAGCAACACCACCGCCAUCGCCGAGGCCUGGUCUCGUCUUGACCACAAGUUCGAUCUCAUGUACUCGAAGCGUGCUUUCGUGCACUGGUACGUCGGAGAGGGCAUGGAGGAAGGAGAGUUUUCCGAAGCUCGUGAGGAUCUGGCUGCCCUGGAGAAGGACUAUGAGGAGGUUGCCAGCGACUCGCUCGACGAGGAGGGUGUUGAGGAGGGCGAGUACUAAGUGUUAUACCAUUGUGCAAAUGCGGAUUGGACACCUUGUUUGGGUCAAUAUGCCAGGUUGUCGGAGCAGUGCACCAUUGGGGGUAGGGGUAGCUAUGUAGUCAAUUUACAUGUCAACACGAAC